AUGGACCCCCGCCACUGCGCCGCCCUCCAGAUCUCCACCCGGGACCCCCAGGAGGACUUCGAGCUGCUCCAGCGUGUGGGGGGCGGCACGUACGGGGAGGUUUUCAAGGCCCGGGGCAAGGCGGCAGGGGAACUGGUGGCCAUCAAGAUGGUGAAGGUGGAACCAGACGAUGACGUCUCCACCCUCCAGCAGGAGAUUCUGAUCAUCCGCAACUGCAAGCACCCCAACAUCGUUGCCUAUCACGGCAGCUACCUCAGGUUUAACAAGCUGUGGAUCUGCAUGGAGUUCUGCGGGGCUGGGUCUCUCCAGGACAUUUAUCACGUGACGGGGCCUCUGACGGAGCUGCAGAUCGCCUAUGUGUGCAGGGAGGUCCUCCAGGGCCUGGCCUACCUACACUCCCAAGGCAAGAUCCACCGGGACAUCAAGGGAGCCAACAUCCUCAUCAAUGACAGCGGAGAGGUCAAACUGGCGGACUUUGGGAUCUCGGCCCAGCUCAGCGCCACGUUUGCCCGGCGGCUGUCCUUCAUCGGCACCCCCUACUGGAUGGCCCCAGAAGUGGCGGCGGUGGCCCUGAAGGGAGGCUACACCGAGCUGUGUGACAUCUGGUCCGUGGGCAUCACGGCCAUCGAGCUGGCCGAGCGGCAACCGCCCAUGUUCGACGUGCACCCACUCAGGGUGCUUUUCCUCAUGACCAAGAGUGGCUACCAGCCCCCCAAGCUGAAGGACAAGGCGCGCUGGUCUGCCACCUUUCACAACUUCGUCAAAGUCGCCCUGACCAAGAACCCCAAGAAGAGGCCCUGUGCCACUAAGAUGCUCAGCCACCAGAUGGUGGCCCAGCCGAGGCUGAACCGCGGCCUGACCCUGGAGCUGCUGGAAAGGCUGCGGGACCCGAGCAAGCACCGGACAGGGUCGGGGGGCGUCGAGCCCGAGGAAGAGGAGCCAGAGCUCCCGCCCGCCGUCCCCCGCCGGAUCCACUCCACUCACAGGGGAGGCCCCUCCGAGCGCCCCGACUCCGACAGCGGCCGACGGCACAUCGAGUUCAGACCGUUCUGCAGAAGGAAGGUGGACAGUUCGCCGGGCACGGCUCUGGCCCAGGACCCCGGAGAUGGGAGAAGCGCCACCGAGGCCUUCAUCCGCAGCAGCGGCAGCAGCAGGGAGCAGCUGUCAGACUCGGAAAAUGAUUACGACGACGUGGACGUCCCCUCCGUGCCCACCGACGUCCCCCCUCCGUUGCCCCCCAAGCCCAAAUUCCGGUCUCCGUCGGACGAAGGGCCUGCCGUCGAGGAGGGCUGGUUGAGCCCGGGGGUCCUGGUUCGCUGCGCCAGCGGGCCUCCUCCCCGGACUCCCCACCCGGCGCCUCUCCCAGCCCCCCGAAGCCCCCACCUCUCCGCUCGCUCAGAUCCAUCGCUUUGGUGUCCACCCCAAGAGCCCGACAGGCCACCUGUCCUGCCCCCUAAAAUGGAGAAGAAGCGGAGAUCGGACUGCUCACUCCUGGUCAAAGUGUUUAAUGGCUGUCCCCUCCGCAUCACCAGUACCAGCUCCUGGACCCAUCCCACCACCAAAGAUCAACACCUGAUCCUGGGGGCGGAGGAGGGCAUCUUCACCCUGAACCGCAGCGAGCAGGAGGCCACCCUGGAGAUGCUCUUCCCCAGCCGGACCUCCUGGGUCCACUGCGUCAGUAAUGUCCUCAUGUCCGUCUCAGGGAAGACUGCCCAGUUGUACGCUCACAGCCUGCUGGGGCUGCUGGACAAGAAGGAACUGAGGCUGGCGGCCUACAUCGGGCCCCACCGCCUGCUGCCCCGGAAGAACGCCGUCUCCAGCAAGAUCCCAGACACCAAGGGCUGCCAGAGCUGCUGCGUGGCCCAGAGCCCCGGGAGCGGCUGCCAGUACCUGUGUGCGGCCCUGGAGGCCGGCGUGGCCUUGCUCCAGUGGUACGAGCCUAUGCAGAAGUUCCUGCUGGUCAAGCAAGUGGCCUUCCCGCUGCCCGCCCCGCUGCGCGUGUUCUCGCUGCUGACCGCCUCGGAGGCCGAGCUCCCGUCCGUCUGCAUCGGGGUCAGCCCAGGGCCCGGACCCUCGAGGCCCGUCCGCUUCCACAAGCUGCGCCUCGGACCCCUGUCCAGCUGGUUCGGCGAUUCCUGCUCAGAGGGCUCAGCGCCGGUACAGGUGACCCAGCUGGAAGACAACUUGGUGCUGGUGCUGUUGGAUGGAAGCCUGCGCCUGGUGACAGUGGAGGGGAGCCCCGCCCCGGGAAUGCUGGUGUCCGAGAUUCCCCUCAGCGAGGCCGUGGAGGCCGUGGCUCUGGUUGGGGACCGGCUCCAGGCCUUCUGGAAACACGGGGUGCAAGUUUGGGCCCUCGGCUCGGACCAGCCUCUGCAAGAACUGAGAGACACAAGCCUGACCUUUCGGCUCCUUGGAUCACCCAGGCCUGUGGUGGUGGAGACAAGGCCGGCUGAUGACCCCAGCGCCCCCAGCAACCUGUACAUCCAAGAAUGAGGGGGUCCAGCCCCCCCC